CUUCCCUGCUCCUUUAAGCGUCCACAGGCGGCGGAGCGGCCACAAUCACAGCUCCGGGCAUUGGGGGAGCCCGAGCCGGCUGCGCCGGGGGAAUCCGUGCGGGCGCCUUGCGUCCUGGUCCCAUCCUCGCCGCGCUCUCACACCCCUGAAGUUUUGCAGCGCCCGGAAAGGAGGCAAGGGAGGAGGGAGCGUGAGAGGAGAGAGGGCAAAAAGCACACCCUAAAACAUUUAUUUCAAGGAGGAAAGAAGAAGGGGGGCGCAAAAAUGGCUGGGGCAAUUAUAGAAAACAUGAGCACCAAGAAGCUCUGCGUUGUCGGUGGGAUUCUGCUCGUGUUCCAAAUCAUCGCUUUUCUGGUGGGAGGCUUGAUUGCCCCAGGGCCCACGACGGCAGUGUCCUACAUGUCAGUGAAAUGUGUGGAUGUCCGUAAAAACCAUCACAAGACAAAAUGGCUAAUGCCCUGGGGACCCAACCAAUGCGACAAGAUCCGAGACAUCGAGGAAGCAAUCCCAAGGGAAAUCGAAGCCAACGACAUUGUGUUUUCUGUCCAUAUCCCCCUUCCCUCCAUGGAGAUGAGUCCUUGGUUCCAAUUCAUGCUGUUUAUCCUGCAGCUGGACAUUGCGUUCAAGCUGAACAACCAAAUCAGAGAAAAUGCAGAAGUUUCCAUGGAUGUUUCCCUGGCUUACCGCGAUGAUAUGUUUGCUGAAUGGACUGAAAUGGCCCAUGAGAGAGUGCCCCGGAAACUCAAAUGUACCUUCACAUCCCCCAAGACCCCAGAGUAUGAGGGCCGUUACUAUGAAUGCGAUGUCCUUCCUUUCAUGGAAAUCGGGUCCGUAGCUCAUAAGUACUACCUUCUGAACAUCCGGCUGCCUGUGAAUGAGAAAAAGAAAAUCAACGUUGGGAUUGGGGAAAUCAAGGAUAUUCAGUUGGUGGGAAUCCAUCAAAAUGGAGGCUUCACCAAGGUGUGGUUUGCCAUGAAGACCUUCCUUACGCCCAGCAUCUUCAUCAUUAUGGUGUGGUAUUGGAGGAGGAUCACUAUGAUGUCCCGACCCCCAGUGCUGCUAGAAAAAGUCAUCUUUGCCCUUGGGAUUUCCAUGACUUUUAUCAAUAUCCCAGUGGAAUGGUUUUCCAUUGGAUUUGACUGGACCUGGAUGCUGCUGUUCGGCGACAUCCGACAGGGCAUCUUCUACGCGAUGCUCCUCUCCUUCUGGAUCAUCUUCUGUGGCGAGCACAUGAUGGAUCAGCAUGAGCGGAAUCACAUAGCAGGGUACUGGAAGCAAGUCGGACCAAUUGCUGUUGGCUCUUUCUGCCUCUUCAUAUUUGACAUGUGCGAGAGAGGGGUGCAACUCACGAAUCCCUUCUACAGUAUCUGGACUACAGAUGUCGGAACAGAGCUGGCCAUGGCCUUCAUCAUUGUGGCUGGUAUCUGCCUCUGCCUCUACUUCCUGUUUCUGUGCUUCAUGGUGUUUCAAGUGUUUCGGAACAUCAGUGGGAAGCAGUCCAGCCUGCCGGCCAUGAGCAAAGUCCGGCGGCUGCACUACGAGGGGCUGAUUUUCAGGUUCAAGUUCCUCAUGCUGAUCACCUUGGCCUGUGCUGCUAUGACUGUCAUUUUCUUCAUCGUUAGUCAGGUGACUGAAGGCCAUUGGAAGUGGGGCGGCGUCACAGUCCAAGUGAACAGUGCCUUUUUCACAGGCAUUUAUGGGAUGUGGAACCUGUAUGUCUUUGCUUUGAUGUUCUUAUAUGCGCCAUCCCAUAAGAACUAUGGGGAAGACCAGUCCAAUGGUGACCUGGGUGUCCACAGUGGGGAAGAACUCCAACUCACCACCACCAUCACCCAUGUGGACGGACCCACUGAGAUCUACAAGUUGACCCGCAAGGAGGCCCAGGAGUAAGAGGCUGCAGCACCUGGCUGGGACGGUCCCCCGCAUUCUGGCCCCUCUAACUAAAGUGGGGAGCGUGCCAGAGAGAGCUCAGGCGCAGACAAAUGCUUGAGGCUCCUAGCUGUGAUUUUCUGGACCAGCAGCAUAGACAUUUGUCAGUUCGCCUUCUGACUGUAGCUCUCGGAGGAUGAUUCCUGCGGCCACUAAUGCGUUGUGUAUGAUAACAAAACCUCUGAUAUGACACAUUUUCUGUGAUCAUUGUUAAUUAGUGACAUAGUAACAUCUGUAGCAGGUGGUUAGUAAACCUCAUGUGUUGGGGGUGUUCUCCUUGGGGGAUGGUUUGGGCCAGAUGGGGUCUAUAUGGAGUGGAAUAUUUGACUCUUUUUCCUGUUUUAGAUUCUAGGAUAGAUUUUAACAUCUUUGCAGGCCAGGAUAGGCUGGUUCAUAGUCUUCUCAAACCUAGUCUGUGACCACUUGAUGUUUUUUUUUUCUAUUUAUAUCACCAAGUAGCCUAUUGAGUUAAUAUUUAAGUUGUCAAUAGAUAUGUGUCCCUAUUUUUUAUGGCAUAAUAUAAAAUAACUGAAUUUCAUGAGAAGGUCUAUUGCGCCAGGGGCAUUUCAGCUUUGAAACCAAAUCUGUACAUUCAAUACUAACCAGUCUGUUGGAUGUGGGUUUUAAAAAAUGUUUGCUAAACUACCCGGGUAGGAUUUAUUGUAUUAAAUGGCCUUUGGGUCUGAAAAGCUUUUUUAACCUCUUGCUUAAAAUGUGUUUUCUUUUGAUAAGAUGCUUCCAACAGCCUCCAAAAGUGUAGAUCUGAUCAUUUAAAUAAACCUGUAUGUAUAUGCACACGUCCUCUGCCUCCUCCCCCAGCACACGUGCCCUCAGAAUCUUUUCCCUGCUGAGUCUGUGGGGCAGGGAACGGCUGGGGAAAUAGCUUUAUGAAAAAUUAAAAUAUUUUGCUACCAAA